UAGCAACAGUAAACGUCCCUCAACUGUAACUCAACUCAGCUUGAUCCAAGACGAAAGCUGGCGAUUUUCCGAUGAAGACAAGCUCGGUACAAAGGAGUUGUGUAUAGGUUGAGUGAGUAUCGUCCAACAAUGUCUGCUGAAAUACCCAUGGAGAGACUGUACCAUAGAACAUGCACAGACUCAAAUCAGUCAGUUCAGUCUCCUGCACAUAUCCCACCUACUGGAAUCAGCAGGGUUGAGCACCAAGAGGGUAGACUCGGUUUGCUGGCCUUACAGGGUGAACCAGUGGUUGGCAAGACUCACCCUACCUUCUCCUCUCUUCUGAGCCUCGAUGAUGCUAUCCCCACUGGACAAUACCAGCCAGAUGCCUUUCAGGCCGGUAAUCAGACUAUGCAACAAGCUCCAGAUCAUCCAUGUGAGGUGGUUCAGCAGCAAAUUGAGCAGAUCCACAUGGUGCUACAGGAGCAGGGUAGACUGCUGACUCUACUUGGAACAGUCUCUCUUGAAGGUCUGAUGUUUCCUGCCUGUGUUCCCUUGCGUUGGAUUAGCUUGCCACCUGCCCAGACUGUCAAGAGUGCUGAGAAGCUCCCAGUUUUCCCCGUAUCAUCUCCAUCAGAUCAAAGGAGGCCUGAAAACCAUCCUGUCCCCAGAUGUCCCGGCCAGGAUGUAUUUAGAUCCACAAAAGAUACAGCAGAGCAGAGACACUUACCAGUCAACACAUGGACUGACCAGACUGUACACAAAGAUGGAAACCAGGACCCAGUCAGUCCCUCUGGAGUGAGGAACACCCUGCCAUUUAACCCUGAAGACAGAUCUGCUGUGAGGGACAAAGAGGACCUCAAGGAGCUGAAAACUCAUGAAAUCUCUGAGCCAGUGCAACUGCAGAACCUCAGUGGGAUGAUGAGCUCCACAGAGAGACAUUACUUCUUGCGGGAGGGUGAGGGCAUAUCAAGGACAGACGGAAAUAAUUUCAAAGUCACUGACCAGCAGGAGGUCCAGCAGAGGGCUUCCCUCAGCCCACAGCAGGCCAGCAGGAAGUUAACCUCUGGCAUUCAGAGUAGCUCCUCUGCCCCAUCUAUGGUCUUUAAAGGCGAAGAAUCACAGCUUGAAACCUUCCAGUCUCUGACCUUUCAGCCUGAGCAAAGCCGAGAUUUUGGGACUUUACAAGACCCCCGGUGCAGCCAGAGAAACUCCCAAACAGAGUUCCAUGCUCAGGCGAAGGUCUUUUCCCUGGUCCGCAGCCAAGAACAAUCUUAUAUGAACGCUUCUCUCAUGUCCCAACCUGAAACUGUGCAUUUCCAAGUAAAAGAGAUAACUGAUGCAACAACAGAUGUAGAAGAAGUGAAGGUUAGCCAAUUACAAGAAAGAAACAAGUCCAGAGAGAAAUCCCAUUUGGAAGAAAUAGAGAACAGUGAUAACCCUCAUUCAAGACAGACAGAAUGUAGAACUAAUCAACCACUCUCUAAGCUGACAGCGUCUGUUAGCAAGACUUUCAGAGACAAAAAGGUGAGACACCAAGAAAUGGAAAGCAUGGGUGAAACUGCAGGAGAAAUUGCUGCUGACGAAGACGGGUUGAUAGGUCAGUUUGAAUUCACAACACCUCCUACAAAAAUGUCUGUAAGCUCAUCUGGUGCAACCUCAGGUGAACGACGGGAACAAUCCCUGCAGCAGCAGAGCACACCCAAGCAUCCCGGUGCUGUGCAUCACUCAAACUUAGUGCAAAAUGUCAACGUUUCCCCCACUCUGAGGGACAACAAAGUUUCCCCUUGGGUCUGGAGAAAUCAGGAAGUGAUUGUUAAUUUUAAGACCAUAAACGACCACAUGGAGAGAGUCUCAAACUUUAACAUGGAAACUCUAUCCACAGGCUGUGAUCAAACAAAAACACAAUUUCAUCUCUGCCGGUGCAGAAAGUCAAGACCAGGAAGCGGCCAAGGCUCAGAUUGGGUUGAAGGUCAAAGACAAGCUACAACAACAACAGCGUUUUGUCUUUGUGUGCCAAACAACACAAGUCAAGUCUCAACACCUCUGAAAUGCAGUACAUUUCCCAUGCAUUCCACAACAAGAAGCAGUAGCAGUGAGAAUGAAGCUAACCCAUCCGCCCGGUGUCACCAGUUUCCCAAGCUCCCAUCUCAUCCUCCCUGCCUUGGCCUCCAGGAUUCCCAUUUAGAGAAUGAUCAUGCCAGUGAAGCUGAGGAGGGAUGGAUGUUCCCUUUGAUCCAGAAACUGAAACAGGACCAGAGUUUUGGAUCUGGACCAGAGUCUCAGCAGCAGUCCUUUUCCUCCAGCUCCAACACAGAUGACAGAGCCCAUGGUGGAUGUCAGAAAAUGUUGAAGAUACACUCACUGAUACCAGAAAGGAAACCAGAUGAUCCAGAUGAAACAAAAUUUGCAGCAACACCAUGGGGAUUUCUCAGAGAAAGACAGGAUCAGAAAGAUAAGCUCAAAAGGGGCUGCAAAGGAGAUAACAUCCUUUCUGACAGUGAAGACAGUCAGGCCAUGAGACAUCAACUCAGGCUGCACAAACUGGAAUCCAAGGAAGUACAGGCCCUCAAGCAGCAGAUGGAGGCCCUUCAGCAGCAGUUUAAGCAGAGAGAGGGUGAUUGGUCUGUAGUUCGAUGCCAGCUGGACCAGCUGAUCAGAGAAAACUCUGAGCUGAGGAAGAAACUCACAGUUACACCACAGUGCCACCCAGUGGACGGCCGAUGUACUGCACAAGCCCACACUGCAUACCAGGAGGGACGGACAGAGAUGGAACAUCUUCUCUCAGACGGGUGCAGCCUGGAGACUUUCACUAACGGGACAAAGAAAGUAAUUUCUGCAGACCAGAAGGCAAAAACAGUCACAUUCUUCAAUGGAGACAUCAAACACAUUUUGGAAGAUGGGAAAGUGGUGUAUUACUAUGCUGGUUCACAGACAACACAUACCACCUACCCAAGUGGUCUGGAGAUCCUUCACUUCCCCAACAGGCAGAUUGAGAAGCGACACCCUGGGGGGAAAAGAGAGAUCUUAUUUCCAGACCAGACCAUCAAGUUUUUGGAGGCUGACGGCAGUGAGAGGACAAUCUUCCCUGAUGGCACCAUCGUUCACCUUUCACCAUCAGGUGAGAAGAUGGUCGAUUUCCCCAACGGACAGCGAGAGAUCCACACUUCCCAGUACAAGAGGAGAGAGGAUCCUGAUGGGACGGUUAAGACCAUCUACCCCGACGGACGACAGGAAACCAAGUACGCGUCAGGCAGAAUGGCUUUGUGGCUAGUGGCGUGUCUGGGAUGUUUGUUGGUCCGGUCCGGAGCAGAGGACAGCAGCCCGUGGUACCAGGAUCUCUGCAGUUAUAAAUGGGAGGCUAUAGACCAGGACAAUAAUGUCAUCUACACGCUAAAGCUCUGUGAGUCUUCACCAGCAACCAGCUGUGAAGCCAGCACCGCUGUCUGCGCUCGGGACCUCAACACCAGCACUGUUAAGUCUGUCGGUGAGCUGUCCCAGCAGAGGGUCUCUGGCAUGGUGCUGGAUUUUAAUGACACGAAAAAAUGUCCCGGAAGCAACAACAACGUUCAGACAAGCAUCAGCUUCCAGUGCGGAAAAACCAUGGGGACCCCAGAGUUUGUUGCUGUGUCUCAGUGCGUUCAUUACUUUGAGUGGAGGACCUACGCUGCCUGCAAGAAUGAUAAAUUCAAGCCACAGAAAGAGGUGCCCUGCUAUGUGUUUGACUCGGAUGGUAGGAAGCAUGACCUCAACCCUCUGAUCAAAAUGAGCGAUGGCUAUCAGGUGGACGACGGCGACGACAGCAUCGACUUCUACAUCAACAUCUGCCGAACUCUCAAUGCUCCAGAUAAAUCCUGUCCAGAGGAAUCUGCAGCCUGUCUGAUCACCAGUAGUGGCUCCUACAACAUGGGCUCUCCUACCGGACAGCUAGAGCUGGUGUCCAACGAUAGGCUGAGGUUACAGUAUACUGUAAGUACCAGUUCGUCUCAUCCAGAGAUCUGCGAAGGACACAAUCCUGCCGUCACCAUCACUUUCAUCUGUCCAUCAAGCAGACAUUCAGGCAGCCCUCCUAAGAUGACAGCUAAGUCAAACUGUCGCUACGAGGUGGACUGGGUGACUGAAUACGCGUGUCACAGAGACUAUCUGGAGAGCCAUAGCUGUAAACUGACCAGCAAACAGCAUGACUUGUCCAUAGACCUAACACCUCUCACCUUGAGCUCUACAGACCAGCCAUACUAUAUACAUUCUGGGCCCAGUGAGGGGGAUGAAAGCUACUUCUACUACCUGAACGUGUGUGGAAAGAUUCCCACUAAGGAAUGUGGUGACGGCGAGUUUAUAUCAUCCUGCCAGGUGAAGAAUUCUGGAGACUUGAAGAAGGUGGCUGGAAGAUAUCAGAACCAGACACUACGUUAUUCAGAUGGAGAUCUGACUCUUAUCUACCCAGAUGGCCAGAGAUGCUCCACCGGCUUCCAGAGAAUGACCAUUAUCAACUUUCAGUGCAACAAGACUGCAUCUAACGGUGGGCGAGGGACUCCCGUUUUUGUAGGGGAGACAGACUGCACUUAUUACUUUGACUGGCAGACGGCCUUCGCCUGCGUCAAAGAGAAGGAAGAUCUACUGUGUCGAGUCAGAGAUGGCAAAAAACACUAUGACCUUUCACCCCUCACAAGAUACCCUGAGUCAGAUGUCAGCUCGAACUGGGAGGCGGUGGAUGCUAGAUCUCAAAAGUCUGACUCGCGUUUCUACCUGAAUGUCUGUCACAAAGUCACCCAGACAGGAGGGGCUGCUGGCUGCCCGGUGAAUGCCUCCAUCUGCGCUGUGGAUAAGGAUCAUGGGGCCAUCAGCCUGGGCAGCUUCCUCUCUUCUCCCCAGAAGACUGAAAUAGGAAAUGACAUCAGACUGGUGUAUACUGAUGGAAAUUUCUGCGCCAAUAAAAAGAAGAGGAUCCAAACUAUCCUGACCCUCAAGUGCAAACCAGGGUAUCUGGAGGGCGCUCCUGUCCUUCGUAGUGUAUCGUCUGACAAAUGUGUGUACGAGUUAGAGUGGUACACUGCUGCCGCGUGCGUCCUCUCGAAGACGCAGGGAGACGACUGCAAGGUGGAGGACCCUCAGGCUGAGCUCUCUUUCGACUUGUCGCCUCUCUCCAAAGCUGACGGAGGCUUCUACCACCUGACCAGUGGCAACUAUGACUACUACAUCAAUGUCUGCGGUCCUGUCAAAGCUGCCAGCUGUCCUGAAAAGGCUGGAGCAUGCCAGGUCGAAAAGAGUUCUUGGAGUCUCGGGGAAGCAAACUCCCAUCUGUCGUACUACGACGGCAUGAUCCAGCUGACCUACAGUAAUGGCUCUCAGUACAACGACCAAAAACACACUCUUAGAUCCACACUCAUCUCUUUCCUGUGUGACCCAGAAGCCGGAGUGGGAAAGCCCGAAUUCCAGGUUGAGGACAAGUACACUUAUAACUUCCGCUGGUAUACAUCCUACGCAUGUCCAGUAAGGCCUCAUGACUGUUUGGUGACAGACCCCAACACUCUUGAACAGUAUGACUUAUCCAGCUUGUCACGCCCCCCCUCUGGUAGCAACUGGCAUGCCAUGGAUUUCUCUGACAGGAGGAAGUACUACAUCAACAUAUGUCGGCCUAUCAAUGCUGUACAAGGCUGUGACCGCCAUGCAUCCGUCUGCCAGAUGAAGUACACAGACAGGAAGGAGGUCGUAUCAGUCAGUAACAUGGGUAUUUCUAAGCGAGGGCCGAUCAUCGAGGAGCGGAACCGGCUGCUGCUGGAGUUCACGGACGGCUCUCUUUGCACGUCAGACGGCCAGAAUCUCGCAUACACAACACGUGUCCACCUGGUCUGCUCCAGAGGAACUGUGUCAGCGGGCCCGCGGUUCCUGUUGUACCAGAACUGUACUGCCAACUUCAUGUGGGAGACCACUGCAGCCUGUGCCAUCACCACCACCACCACCAAGAACAAUAGCUGCUCUGUGGUCGACCCCAACUCUGGCUUUGAGUUCAACCUGCAGCUUUUGGCUUCUAAGACUGGAUACAGAACAACGGCAAAUGGCAAGGACUUCCUGGUGAAUAUCUGCUCAGACGCGGCAGAAUGUGGAGAGGGCAUGACUGGCUGUGAGCUGGAAGACAAACAUAUCUCCAGUCCAGUGGGGGUGGAAAAGACCCUCCAGUACUCCACCGAUGGCCUCCUCAAACUAAGAUAUAAGGGACCCCUGGACAGUCCCACAGCAUCUCGGGACACCUUCACCAUUAAUUUCGUGUGUGAUCCACACUCUAACCCUGGUUCACUGAAACUGCUGCAAGAGGAGUUGAGUUCUUUACCUCACCAUGUGGUCCACGAUGUCCUCUUUGAGUUCUCCACUGCUCUGGUCUGUGUCCCGGCUCCAGUUGACUGCCAGAUCAGUGAUUCCCAUGGUAAUGAAUAUGACCUGAGUCACCUGAUCCGGGAUGCGGAUGACAGCCCCUGGAUCGCAAUAGAUACAGAUGUGGUCAAAUCACACAGGUUUUACAUCAACAUCUGCAAACCGCUCCCCCCUGUGAAAGAGUGCCCAGUGGGUCCUUUGGGUGCUUGUGGCCUGAUUGAUGGAAAGGGUUACAACCUGGGAUACGUUCAGUCUAGCCCACAGGUGGCGGAGGACGGCUCCAUCAGCAUCGUGUACCAGAACGGAGAACAGUGUGGUUCCACCGCAUCCCACUACUCAACACGCAUCAUCCUCGUGUGUGAUGACAACCCAGGCUCCCCCAUGUUUGACCGUAAAGAUGGUUGUGAAUAUGUUUUCAUCUGGAGGACAUCUGAGGCCUGCCCUAUCAGGAAGUCUCAAGGUGAUGACUGUCGGGUUCGUGACCCCAGGAGUGGCUACGAGUUCAAUCUGAGCUCUCUGAAGGGUAAAGUUUACCCUGUCCAGAGUGAUAAGUACACGUACCACCUGUCGAUCUGCGAAGGGCUCCAGAAAGACGUCUGCACCCACAAAGAAACGGCCGUCUCCUCCUGCCAGGUGGAGGGCAACAACCACAAGAUCGCAGGAAUGGCAAACCAGCUUCUGAGUUAUGUGGGAGACCAGCUCAUUCUGAACUACACUAAUGGAGACACCUGUCAUAAGAUUUACAAAAGAUCAACUGCAAUCUACUUCUCCUGCCACCCUGACAGGCAUCCUGGGCAACCAGAGUUUAUCAAGGAGACUCCAGACUGUACCUACCUGUUCAGCUGGCCCACCGCUCUGGCCUGCAUCUCAGUCAAAACCACCAGCUGCUCCUACAAUGAUGGUCAGGGCCAGUCGUACGACCUCUCCCCUCUGGCUUUGGACUCUCGAAACUGGGAGGUGGAACCGUCUACAGAGGACACAAAGAAACAGUAUUAUAUUAACGUCUGCAGGUCGCUGGUGCAUCAGGGAGGUUCAUGGAAGUGUCCCUCCAGUUCAGCGUCCUGUGUGAAGGUUGGAGGUGAUGAAUAUGUGAGUCUGGGGCAGGUGGAGUCUGGUCCUACAUGGGACAGAGGUGUCCUGAAGCUGCAGUACACCAGCGGCCAGGCCUGUUCUGAUGGAAUCCGCAACAGGAGCAGCAUCAUCCGCUUCAAGUGUGACAAAGACAAAGUGGACUCCCGGCCUACUCUGAUCUCUGCCAUUGAGGACUGUGUGUACACCUUCCUGUGGUUAACAGCUGCUGCCUGCCCUCUGAACAACACCCAACACGACAACUGCAGGGUCACCAACCCUGCUACAGGUCAUUUGUUUGAUCUCAGCUCCCUGACAAAGGAAGGAGGUUACACUGUGUACGAUCCGCAGGAAAACAGGAAGAUGUACCGCAUGAACAUCUGUGGAAAUGUGACCAAUGCUGGAUGCAGCCCUGGAACUGCUGUGUGUAUUAAGGAUACAACUACUGCGGUGAGCGGUGGUCAGGUGAGCAAGAAACUCUCAUACAAGGAUCACGUUCUGGAGCUUACUUAUGAUGGAGGAAGUCCCUGCCCAGCAAACCCCAACCUCAAACACAAAACCAUCAUCCAAUUCAUCUGCAGGCCACCUAACAUGGGUUCAGCCCCUCCAGAGCCAGUUCUCAGUGACUCAAACACUGAGACUUGCACGCAUAUAAUGUCUUUCCACACAUCCUUGGUCUGCGAACAGCCAGUAAGGUGUUCAGUCCAUAACGGCUCUGCUCUAAUAGACCUGACUCCUCUGAUUCAUGUCAGUGGAUACUACACAGCAACAGAUGAGGCAGUGGACCAAAGUGAUGGAUCUCCAGACUUCUACAUCAACGUCUGUCAGGCUCUGAACCCCAUCCCUGGGGUCAACUGCCCCGCUGGAGCUGCCGUCUGUAUGGACCCUGAUAAUGGAUCUCCUGUGGACAUUGGGAGAACUACCAGCGGCCCUGAGAUCAAUGAGGCAACAGGGGAAGUGUCCAUCACUUACAACAGCUCCACCAAGUGUGCGGCUAAUCCUGCACAGAACUACACUUCAACCAUCAUCUUUACCUGCCAGAGAGGCCUGGAGCUGGGCUCUCCGCAAAUGCUGAGGCUGCAGGAAUGUGUUUAUUUGUUUGAGUGGGCGACCCCUAUAGUCUGUUCAGAUGCCACCCACACCAGUGGCUGCCAGCUCACAGACUCUCAGCUCCAGUUCACCUUUAACCUGUCGGCCCUCUCUGGUGAAGUCCAGGUACCAGCGGGUUCCAGCAUCUACCACAUCAAUGUCUGCGGGUCAGUGGCAGAGCCGGCCUGUAAGAAAAGCACAGUUUGCCGGGUGUCCGGUUCUGGUUCAGACAAGUCAGCUUCAUCAUUUGGCAUCAGCAAGGCCAUGACUAUGACCUUCAAACAUGAUGAGCAGGCUGUAUUGAUGCAGUAUGGUGGAGGGGAUCCCUGCCCACCAGUGACCAAUGACAGCCAGGUGUGUGUGUUCCCCUUCACUCACAUGAAGAAGUCAUAUACAGAGUGCACCACAGACGACAGGACAGAUGGCAGGAAGUGGUGUUCCACCACUGCAAGCUAUGACACGGACAGGAAGUGGGGAUUCUGCAAUGAAGCCUCUGGUAAGCGUCAGUCCGUCAUGUUGUUUACCUGCGACCACUCCGCAGGCCACGGCACUCCACAGCUGCUGUCAGAGACGGCAGGUUGUUCAGCCACUUUUCAGUGGAGGACCGAUGCUGUUUGUCCACCGAGGAAGAUGCAGUGUAAACUGGUUAGCCAGCACCAAACCUUUAACCUCCGAACCCUGUCCUCCCUCACUGAGCCGUGGAAGUUUAGCCACCAAGGAGAUUCGUAUUUCAUCAACCUGUGUCAGGGUAUCCACGGUGGAUUACCAGGUUGUCCAGAAGACGCAACUGUGUGCCGACGCUCAGCAGCCGGAAAGACCCAGACCCUGGGCCGUGUUUAUACUCAGAAAAUGAGCUACACUGAUGGAAAGAUCUCUGUGAGUUACUCAGCGGGGGAUGAUGUUUGUGGUAACGGCGUGAAGGCCAAGACUGUGAUCCAGCUGAGCUGUGGCUCCACAGUUGGACACCCAGUACUCAUCAGAGUCGAUGAGGCAUCAUGUGAGUUUGUGAUUGGCUGGGAGACUCGGUCGGCCUGUGCGGUGAAGCAGCAUGAGGUGGAGAUUGUGAAUGGGAUGAUACAGGUUCCUGACACUGGAGCCAGCCUCAAUCUGGGAGAACUGUACUUCAGCCACCAUCUGGCAUCUGGAGACAUCCGUCCCAACGGCGACCGCUACAUCUACCACAUCCAAUUAUCCGGCAUCACCAACAACUCCCUGACAAACUGUCUUGGUGCCAACAUCUGCCAGGUCAAACUCAACGCGCCCUACAGACGCAGGAUUGGCUCCUCCAGCAAGGCCAAGUACUACAUUAAAGGAGGAAACCUGGAUGUGAUGGUGCCCUCAGAGUCGGUGUGUGGGCGGGAGCAGACAAAAAAGGUGUCAUCCACAAUCAUGUUCCACUGCAACCCCUCAGCAGGCGUCGGCAUCCCAGAGUUUAUGCUGGAGACGGAUGGAUGCCAGUAUCUGUUUGUGUGGCACACGGACGCUGUGUGUGGUCUCACAACUGUUGACACACAGUCAUAUGAUGAGGUCGUCAGCGAGACUCCAGCUCUUUCUAGGCGGAGCCAGGCGAUGGGAAUGAUAUUGAGCCUCCUGUUGGUGGGUCUGUCUGUCUGUCUGCUGGGGCUUUUGCUCCACAAGAGAGAGAGGAGAGAGCUGGUGAUCCAGAAGGUCACUGGCUGCUGCAGGAGAGGAAACCAAGUCUCCUAUAAAUAUUCCAAGGUAAACAUGGACGAAGAAGGGGGUGAAGAGGAGAUGGAGUGGCUGAUGGAGGAGCUGGAAGCCCCACUCACAACUUCUUCCUCAUCCUCCCACCGUGGUAGGAGUAUCCAUGGCAACGGUCACAUCAAGACCAAGCCGGUGAACACAGACGGCCUGCGCUCAUUCUCGCUGGAUGACCAGGACGAUGACAGCGAGGACGAGGUGCUGAGCGUCCCAGGGGUGCGAGUGGUCAAAUCCUCUGGACUUGCCAGCCGCUCUGCGGCCCAUCGCAGUGCCUUCCUCCAGGAGGAGAGCGAUGAGGAUCUGGUCGGCCUCCUGGACGAGUCAGACAGGAAGAGGAAAGGCAGCAAACUUCGCCCCUUAGGCCCUAACCACGCUAACAACACGGAAGCCAAUAGGAAACCGGACGAGGAUGACAGUGACGAGGACCUCCUCAGGGUGUGAUGUCACUUCCUUCUUCCCUCUCCCACUAAAUCCUAUCGGAACUUUUCUCUCUCAGUGAAUGUCUCCAUAAUAACAACAACAACGAUGAAAUACAAACAACAUAAUGAAAGCAGAAACCUUUCCUCUCUUUUGGGAUUUUCUUUUGUUGGACUGCACCUUAAUUUGGCCUGCUGAGACUCUGUCCAGUCCUCUGUCUGCAGACUGUUGAUGUUGGUACAUGGUUUCUUAUUUAUUGAUUUGCUGAUUAUUUAAAGUGUAAAAAAGUUUUGACCUGCACCCUAUUUUCUCAUAUUUUCAGUCAUAAUCAAGAAAUUAAAAAUUUACUUCACUAUAGUUACUUCCGUCUUGCCACAUGUAUCCAAUACAGACCUAACAGGCCUGUUGAGACUCUAAGAAUCAGCGACAGACGCACAGGGUGUUGACUCUGCAAUGAGGCAUGUCAAUGAAAAGAUGUGAACAUUAAUUAUAUUUUGUCUUUCUUUUGUUUGAGAGUUUUGAACGUAAGCUGUGCCAUUGCUUUAGCACUUUAUUGCAGCAUCGAUUAAUUGAAAAUAAUACAUGCCUCUUUGCAGACUGGGCAAAUUUUUAGUGUGCACUGGCCUGUUAAGGCCUGUAUUUGAUAAAUGUGAUGAGAUGUACAGUUAAUUAGCUUGAUAGUAAAAACAGUAGCAGAUUAUGGGAGAAAAGCAAUGGCUGUCAAAGAAAAUUAAAGCAGUAGGCAGUGAAGGUGUCUGCUUGUGUUGUUUCUAAAGGGAAUGAAGUCUUUUCUGUUUACAGUUGCUAUAUUUUCUCUUUCUUUCCCCUCGAAAAGAAAGUGCGAUGCCUUCCUGAUGAUGAAUUGACUUUGCAUUUUCAUCGAUUAAUCGUGUCCGGCGACAGAUUGAUUCUUGUCUUGUUUUGAUCAGAGACAAUGUACAUAGGUGAUAAUGUUCUAUAAUAUGGACGUUUUGUUUGUUGUCUUCACUGGUGAACAGCUCACACGUUUGUUUUUAUGAUUAUUUAAAUGGUUGUCUGAGCUGACGAUCUGUACGUAUCUCUGUUCUGUGCGAAAAUACAGAUGGCCUUAAGUGUGAAUGGUCGGUCGACGUGGAUGGAAGGUUGAAAGUGAAACUUGAGAUGUUAGUUUAGGUUGUGUUGGUUCCCCUCCCGCGAAAGCCAUAUAUCUACAGCCACCACAGGCACUAAUGUAUGGAAGUUUUUUCCGCUUGCACGCUCCAGUACAUUGAAGGCUCAGUUUUGGUAUUCAGGUCUGUGAUUGCAGACGUUGUUGCAUCAAAAGUGAGAUUUUAACUCUGUAAAGCCAAGUUUUUGUAGUACCGAAAUUUGCCCUUUUUAGCCAAAUGCAUGUAAGACAAAAGAAAGAAGUGAAGCAUAAAUGUAUCAAGAAUGCAGGCAGUUGACUUGCAUAUAACAUAUUUUCUGCUUAAUAAUGAAAGUAUUGUUUUCACAAAGGAUAUAAUCAAUGAUGGGUGUAUGUGUCUUUCUAAAAUGAAUUCAAACUGACUGCAGUGUUCCCACAUGAGAGUGAUAUGAGCAAACCUACACAGUAUGAACACACGGAGUAUUUGGGUUCCGUCCCAUUAUUGCCUCGUUUCUUUGGUCCCAGCCAAGUUGUUGUGAAGUUAGUGUCUUUUUGGAUUACACAAUGAGAACACAGACUGAAUUUACAAACUCACAAAUAACUAAACUUUCACGCCCCCAUGUCAUUCUCCCAAUUCAGAUGUUCUGGCAGUGAGCAGAAUCAAAACAAAUCAAACUUGAACUAAACAUGGUGCUCUUGGUGUGGUUUGUUUUCAUUAUCUGAUAAACAGUUCCCUUCACAAGUUCAAGGUGAUGUCUUCAAAUAUAUUUUGUCUGAACAUCACUACAAAACCCAAAGAUACACAGAAAUGUUGGCAAAUUAUUUUCUGUAAAUCAACUAACUGAUUAGCUGACUAAUAGUGUAAACCCUUGUGUUUUCAUAAUUUUCUUGGUUUACAUUUCUCCAUAAAAGUUCAUUUAUGACACUUUUAACUUUUUCCCGCAGAUUUUGGCAAAUGCUUAGUUGUCAACUAUCAAUUUGCUUGUUGACAACUGAGCAUUAUUUGUCUCCUGAUUACUGUGAGAUGUGAUUGAAAGCCCGCGAUUUGGCCUUGAGUUGAUAGUUUUCUUUGUUAAACUACUUGGUCCAAGUUUGAGGAGCUGCUAGCCAGCAGGUAUAAUUCAGGCGGAAACACUAAGUCAAUAUCAAUAAUAAUAAUCGUCACCAGCUUUCGAUAGUCAGUUAAUCAUUCAGUCGAUUAUCAAGUGUUUUGUUUUUCAGUUUCUCAAAUGUGAUGAUUAUCUGUGUUUCAUUGUUAAUUAAACACCUUUGGGUUUUAGACUUUAGACAGUUGUCACUUUUUUGUUGUUUUCUAGACAAACAAUUAAUUGAUUCAUCAAAGAAAUGAUAAUUCAUUCAUUGAUGAUGAAAAUAAUAAUCAGCUACUGUCUGAUGAAACUGCACUGCAGUGGGAAAUUUUUAGGUUUCUCAUCUCACCAAACAAACUGAAAGUUCAACAGAUUAAAUAAACCACUCCACACUUACUUUCGGUGAAUGUCUUACCUUGGGAGAGCACCUGUUGAGUUAUUGACAGAUUUUGUAUUGAUUUGCAGUCACAUACAAAGUGCACAGACUAUGAAUAUUUAUUACGUUAUAUACAUUGAUUACAUUGUCCACAGUACGAAGGAGAAUGACGAUGGAUGAUAAACUUUUGGGUUUUGUCAGUAUUCAAUCCAAAGAAACUUCUAAAACAAAAAAAAAAAUGAUGAUGCUAAAAUUUCUUAUCAAUCAAGAAAGUUCACCAUUCAGGGUAUUUCUAAAGCUUUGUACACAAAAAUUGUUAGACCAGUUUUAAUAAGAUGCCACUUUGUCCAAAACAGACAAAAAAAAAAUGACAAAAAGAUCUGAACUGGCAUUUACACUGGGAACAUGAUGUGUCAUAAUAUUGACCUGUAACACAAACAAAUGAUAGACAUCAUCAUGUUCCUGUCUCUUUACCAUGGGUGUUCAGUGACUUGUUUUCCAAGUGUUAUUAUCUCUGAGAUCACAAAUGGAAAUGAAACCUUUCAGAAGCUGUGUUUGAGUAAAAUUGUCUGACUCCAGAAAGAAGAAUUAUCUCACUUAGGUCUUUGUAGAAUAACGGUAUCAUAAAGCUACUGAUCUGAAAAAGUUUCAAAGUGAAAUCUACCUUUGGAGAGCGUGAUGAACGAACGGGGCACAUUUCCAAAGAACAAUAAAAUUUGUGCAAUUACAAAUGGAUCCGAAUGAAAUGUCAGAAUUCCAUAUGUAUUAAAUAUAAGUUAAACAGAAGUUAAAGUGAAAUCAAGCCUGUCGUUGGCAGAGUUGACAGAGUUUUUAUAAAACAUAAUUUUAACAUUCAUUCAGCAUGUGGACUCCGGCUGUUGUUUUGAAAGCGUUUUACUUUAAGGUUUCAACUGGGAUAAAAGCAUCUUCCUGUGUUUGGCACUUUGUAAUCAACUCAUCUCUCCUGAGGAGACGUAGCAGCACACUAGCAGAUGUUCCCGUUAAGUAUGUGAAAUCCUUUUCCAUUGUUGCAUAACGUCUGUUUCUGCUGUAUUUAGCACCAAAGUUUGUGUGUCUCAUCUGCAUGGUACAGUACUGAACCGCCUCUUCCCUGUGAAGAUAUGAAAGGACAUUCUUGUGCUUUUUUGUCUACUUUAGAGCACAGAACUGUUUUUGGGGUUACGAGAAACUAAUUCAGUUUAAUUCAGAAGCAGAGAAACGUGCUCGGAGAAUAAAGUGAGUAAAAAAAGCACAAGUUUUCUGUGAUGAUUCGGUACUAUGGGAGAUCAUUAUUAUGUUUGAGUUGGUGUAAGUUAUGUUGUCUGUUGUUUUUCAGCUCUUCGCCUGUUUUCCUAUUUAAAAAACAUUGAUGUAAAAACUAUUGCAUUAUUUGAAUAAAUGAGAUCUGCUGUUUA